CUUUUGCGAGAAUUGACCGCCUAUAGUCCCGAAUGCCCCGUCCUUUGGGGCCCAGGACCUGUAAUGGUCGACGAAUCUGGACCUCUACCUUCCCUAAUACAAUCUGUCCAUUCGGUCCAAUCUCCACCACCACCCAAUUCACGACCGCUUGACUUUACUCGGGCUGUAUUGUCACAUGAUAUCGGUGGUGACAUUGGCCGCCUCAACGACUCAACUCUUGAGCCUUCAAUAGCUCCCCCGCCUCCACCUCGACCAUACAUGAUAUCUUCACCAUUGGCUCAUCAGUUGGCUGCUAAAGCCGAAGAGGAUCCAGCAAGCAGUCUGGAGGCGAUUACUAAGGAUCAACUUGCAGCUCAAUGCCUCGUAGAGCUUCAACAUCUGACCAGCCCCAAACGCCAGGCGACAGAACGCUUAGAUCUGCGCCUAGCCCAUAUGAAUCAGCAGCCUGAGUCAUUAGGUCAGCUGGCGGCCAGCCCAGUAGCUGGGUUCGCUCUCUGUCGUCAACUGACUAAUCAGCUAGGAUACUUAGCCUGGGAGCAGCGACCAUCACUAGAGCUGGUGCGUCGGUCAGCUGGGCUUGUUCGAGAGCUAAAGCAUCUGGACAAAUUGGGAGCGUAUGUAAACGAAUUUCGGGAAACACACAAGAUCGCCGUUAUCUAUGUGGCUACAGGACAGGAAGACAAACAAACCAUCCUCUCUAAUCAAUCUGCUAGUCUAGAGUUUGAAAACUUUGUUGCAGGCCUUGGCUGGGAAGUUGAUUUGGCUACGCACACUGGCUUCUUAGGCGGUUUAGAGCGCAGUGGACGUACUGGACGUACUGCACCAUAUUAUGCCACUUCCACACUGGAGGUUAUUUUCCACGUCUCUACCAGGAUGCCAUCUGACACUGAAGAGGACUUAAAGGUGACCACCUACUUUGCUAUACCCUUAUUUUUGCAUUUUUAG